UGAUAAGUUCUGAAUCACAAACUCAUCCCAAAGGUAAUUAGAUGGAGCUCACUCAGUUUAGAGAACGCAGCUGCACUGCUCCACAGCCCAGUGCUGGGGGGCUUUAUGCCCCUGUAGCUGAUGUUUGGCUUUGGGCAUGGUGUGGAUGGUCUAGAGUGUCAUAUUCUGUUGGCAAUGCUUUUCAGUGGAAUUACAUAAACUAUGUGUGAACAACUGAACGCCUCUGUCAGGAAUAGGUCCACCUUACAGUAGCUGAAUUAACUAAUUAGAUGUCUGAUACUUUUGACACAGAAGCCACUGCUUUCACAGUCAGCCACUGUUCCUGAUGUGCAGCGCUCUGUCUCCCUCUAGUGGCCAAAACUGUCGCCACACCGGCCAAACCCCGCUGUGACUGAGAGGAUGAGCAGUUAGCGCAGUUUCAUCAUUUCAGAGCUCCGCAGUGGCGAUUUUACUAAAGCGGUUUCACUCUAGCGAUCACAUAAUUCAAUCUAGGACUCACAAUCGGUGACGGUCCUGCAGCCCAGCGCUUCAGACAAGAGGACGAGUAUUUUGCCAUGAACUGUGAGAUGGAUGGAGAUAUGGAGAAUCAGGUUGAACUGGAAGAGAAAACAAGACUUAUUAACCAAGUGCUUGAGCUCCAGCACACACUAGAAGAUCUCUCUGCUCGUGUGGAUGCAGUGAAGGAGGAGAACCUGAAGCUGAAGUCAGAGAACCAGGUUCUGGGGCAGUACAUCGAGAAUCUCAUGUCUGCGUCCAGUGUGUUCCAGACCACUGACACCAAGAGCAAACGGAAAUGAGGCCACGUGUGGAACACAGUUAUUUCCCCUCUAGAACAGACCUUUAUCCCUCAAAGGCCAGUACACAUAAGGCCCUGUUUACUUUUACCCAGCUUCCAAUGUUCACUAUCAUAGUCUUUCCAUGCAUAGGAUUAUGCUGAGCUCUGAAUAUUUAUUAUUUUUUGUACAUGAUACUUUUUAUUCCCCUCUGUUUUUUGCUUCUUCAUUCCGUCCAUUAUCAUACCGGCUACUUGUGGAUAACACUAAAACAGACUGACCUGCUCUCUGCUGGCUGUUACAGAGUUAAUGGAAGCAUUUUGUAGUCUGUGGUCAGAUAUCCACAGUACUAAUGCACAUCAGGCUCUCUGUGCAGCUCUUUUAGUGGCCACUCAACAGCCCAUCUGCAUGUUUCUACUGCCAGAAUAGUGCAGCAUUUUCAACUGUGGUACAGUGAUGUUUAGGUUUUUUAAAGAGCCAUCCUGAAGACUAGUGCAUUAACGUCCUAUCUUUCAAUACUUUUCCCUUUUUGCACUUCGUUGUCACGGAUACACAGAGUAAAACGAUGGAGAAUGAAGCACAGGAGAAAUGUUUGGCACAGAAGUGAUCUGUUCUUAUCUGAGUGCAUGAGGUCCUCUUAUUUAUUCCAAAGACAAUAUGCAUGACAUUUAAAAGCUGAUACUGAUAGCCAGGGUGGGUGAAUUAAUGACAAUGAUAAACCAUAUGAUGUUAUGUGACCUUCUGUAUUUGUUUAUUUAACACUAACAAUCUGUUUAGAACUGGAUUUAAUGGAAAAGUAAGAACUGUAUUAGCAGGAGGCAAUCAGCAGCUUACGCUAUUAAGACGGUAAAGUUAAGAAAUAAAUUUUUGCCUUUAGUUUGAAAAAGUGAAAGGACAGAUGGGAUUGGAGAAGGUAGGUAAUAAAGGGACUGUCUGGCUCUUACUGUAAGAAGAAAAAAGGGAGGACUGUUGAGUGAUAUUGAUGCGGAUUGGUGUAGUUCAUUUAUGAAAACCCUGUAGACUUUUCAGUUACUGUCACCUGCACCUUAUGCACAAAGCAUAGGCAAGAAAUGCUUUAUUCUAUGGAAAUCUGAGUGAAUUCAGUGUUACUCAGUUACCACCUCAGUACCAAAAUCUCACCCAGAGAGCAGAAAUCAGAAAGCUGAACUAUCUUGCAAUAAUACAAAUCCACAGUGUCAGAUCAAAAAAAUUAAACACAUUUCUUGGAUGUUCAGAAAUAUAAAUAUUACAGAUUGCUGUCUGCAAAAGUCUACAUUUCUCAGAAACACACAUACUCAAGAAUUCAGCCUAUGAAAGACAAAGAAUGAUACGGCUUUGUUGUUACAAGAGAAUGAUCAUAUACUGUAAUGUUAUUUAUUUUAUUUUGAUGUACUUUAAUACUGUAUAUUAAUAUUUUCCUUCAGGUAUGUAACAUAAGCCUGCAGACAUCCAAUGUAGAUAACUGCCUUGUGUGUAAAAUUGUAUUUACUAUUAUACCUUUAACCUUUGUGUUAAUAAAAUUGUUUUUGCUUUUGCAUUUG